AGUAAAGUUAGUCUCGGCAUGUUUAAACUUGCAGUUGUCAAGAUAAGCAUUUUCAAGUGAAUAUUGCGUGGAUAAACCAUACAAUGGAAAUUUGCCAUCGUGUGUUUUUUGUCGUAGGGGCUUUUAUUUUUACUACUGUUAUGACAGAAGUCGAAUUAUAUUCCAACCAAAAAUGUGCAACAGGAUUUUACGGGCCGAAAUGCGAAUUGCCAUGCCGCCACCCAAACUAUGGGGAACUGUGCCACUUAAAAUGCGAAUGUAUAAAGCAAUAUUGUAAUCAUAUUACAGGCUGUCAAGACUAG